GACUUUGAAUGCGACACCGCUGAUGCUCGUCGUCAUUCAUCCCUGGCUAUCGACACACAGGUAGGAUGUUAACGUUUACACUGUUUAUAUCACCAAAUGAUUUCUAUGAGCGUUUUUUAAAAUAAGAUUAUCUUUAAAAAUACCUCUUAUCAGCUCAUAUACAGUUGUGGUCACGAUUAGUUUGGAGUAAAUGGUCGAAGUUAAUCGCAGUAACCAGCUAGCUUCCGUUGCUAACCUGCUCGUCUAUGAACAGCUGGAGGAUGUCAGCUGUCAACACAGGAGCGGAGAGUUUACCUCAACCAGCAAAUAUAUAUCAUUGAAGGAGAUUCUAUUUAAAAAGAAGACGCAGUUUUAGUGUUUUAACAGCCCUGAGAGGUGAUGUGUUUAGAUUAAAGAGGUUAAAGAGAGAGACGGUAUCCACAGAUAGAGUAAACCUGUUUUAAGGUUUCAGGUCGAGCUGGUCCUUAAACUUCACUGUAGUCAGCUGAUGAAGUCAGGGGCUCUCUGUUUGUGAUGGUUAGACUUCUAUCUUGAAUGGUUGUUAAAGGGAUAUUCCGGCGUAAGAUUAAUUUAGGGUCAAACAGACCAUAACACCGAGUUAGACACCCCCUCGAGAGAUGAAUGUUGCCGACCGCUUCCUUUAGUUAUACCAACUUUAGUAACGACCGCAGGAUAGCAAUACACAGCGGUCUGAGGAGCCAUAAACAAACCUCAACCAAAACGCCACUCUAUAACUACAAGGAGUGCUCAGAACAGCACCUAACGGGCCAGUUCAUUAUGGACUACAGCGGGGUGCCGCAGCUCAAGGAAGAACAUUUAUCAUCAUUUCUUCAUGGAAAUACAAUCAGACCGAGACAUUAAGGCAGAAGAACUACCACAUCUGCAGUGAAAAAUGAUUAAUAUGGUGAUUUGAUGAGAGUCGCCGAGAGUUGCUGUGAUGACGCUUGGCUCAAACAGCGUAUCCCUCGGGUGAGAUACGCAGCUGCUGUUAGAGAGUAGGUGAGUUGUGUUUAGUCUCUGCUAAAGGAAUCAGGCAAAGUUAAAAAGAUGUUUGGUGGCUAGUGCAAUUUGUAGGACCCUAUAUGUCCUGUUGAUGAAGUUAGGUGCCUUCUGAGCAUUAUUUGUGGCUAUAGAGUGGUGUUUUGGUUGAGCGCGUGACUCUCUGUAUUGCUAUCGUGCAGUAGUUACUAAAAUUGGUAUGACUCAUAGACUGUAAAUACUAUGGACAACUUGGUUCUCCCGCCUGUAUACGGAUUUGAAGCCAAAUACCUCUUGGUAUUUUCGGAUUUCUCUUCAUUUCCUGAAACCAGCGCUGCGCAGUAGCGUUGUGCGCAUUCGGCGGGAGAGUCGCCGAGAGUCGCUGUGAUGACGCUCGGCUCAAAGUGUACUUGAGCAUAAACCAGUCUGACAGUAACUACAUGUCAACAUCACAAGCAAAUUAAAAUUUUGUGUAAUAAAUUUCUAAAGUUGGUCCACAGCUCCAUAAGCUUUGCUGGCAAGGGUGGGAUUUAUGACCUAUACUGCAGCCUGUCACCAGAGGGUGCUGUUCUCGGAGUGGCUUCACCCAGCGAGGAGGCAGACUCUGUCCAUUCUAUUUACAGUCUAUGGUUUAACUAGAGAAGCAAGCGGUUGGCAACAUUCAUCUCUCGACAGGGUGUGUAACUCGGUUUGACCCUAACAUAAUUUUGCGCUGGAAUAUCCCUUUAAUGUGUGACAGAAUGGAGGGAUGGAGGGGCAGUACAGGAUCUUAAAGAGGAUCUUUUUUUAAUUUUAGAGGCCAGGUUUACAGCUCUGUGUUAAGAGGUCCUCGCCAUCAUGGAGCUGGCUCACAGUCUGACGCUCAAUGAAGACGCCUUGGCCCAGAUCACCGAGGCGAAGAGGCCGGUCUUCAUCUUUGAAUGGCUGCGGUUUUUGGACAAAGUGCUUGUUGCAGCAAAUAAGGCAAGUACUCAGAUUCUCGUUUUGUUUGGUGUGAUUUCAUUAUAAGAACUGUUUUAUGACUUCAUUUGUGUCUUUGAACGGCAGGUGGAUGUGAAGGAGAAGCAGAAGAAGCUGGUGGAGCAGUUAACGGGAUUAAUCAGCAGUGCUCCUGGACCACCCACGAGAAAACUGCUGGCCAAAAACCUGGCGACGCUCUACAGCAUCGGUGACACCUUCACUGUGUUCCAGACUCUGGAUAAGUGCAAUGAAAUCAUCAAAAGCAAGGACGACACGCCUGCGUACCUGCCGACUAAACUGUAAGAUCCUUUUCAGAUACAGCACAGUUUAUUUGAAUCACAGCUUCAACAAUUACCUGGUAGAAAAUUAAAGAUACAGUGGGCAGUAUUUGCUUACUUUUAUUCUUCCCUUAACAGAAAAAAAUUUUUUAAUGACUUGAAACGAACCUUAUGUAUUUAUAUUGGAGUAAAUCCCCUUUCUGUGAAGGCUGCCGCUAUCUUGUCAGGCAUGUUUCUACCACAGCACAGAAGGGACAAACUGGUACCAUACUGGUUUUUGUUUGUAUUGUGUGAUUGCAAAAUUGCACUGGUUAGAAGACAAAAAAACAAAAGGGCAAAACUCGAACAGAGGAGUUUACUUCUCAUGCAUCACGGGAGCUUCUUCUUCUUCUUCCACUGUCUCUUAAUUGAUGCAAGGGGUGAGCAAGGGAGCAUCCCUAUUUAUACACUCUAUUCUUCUGAUUAUUCAAGCAUAAAUGUGAAAUAUUUCCUGGUUUCAGCCUCUUCAGUGUGAGGGUCUGUCAUGACUGUAUUUGAACAUUUGGAGUUUUGCUUUGACAUAUUUGAAUGUAUCUCUUCGGGCUUUCAGAAACAGUUAUUUUUGGAUUAGCUGACGAUGAAAAUGAUCAAAAGCCAUUUUGCUGGAUAUCACACAUAACAUUUACAUUAAAAUCCAUGCUGUGUUCAGUGCUACUAGAGUUUACAGUAGGCCCACCUUCAAGGGUAUUAAGAGUUAAGCCUAAUGUUAAUCCGCACAAAGACAUUUCAUGUUUAAAAGGUGGGAUUAAGAGCACAUGAGCAGAUAUAAUGCCAUGUUUAUCACUGGUAUUAACAGCAUCCAUCACCAAGUGAAGAAGCAUGAAGUGUUUUACUAUCAUCCCUUCGUUUCUGUACGGAUUCAUGUAGGCUGAGAGUUGGGGGUGUAUACACAAGAGGGUCAAGGUUCCAUAGAUAACACCUGACCCUGCGUUUAUUUGUAACAGAGUUCUUGUUAAAUUAAGUUUAGGCUGGUUAAUUUUACAAGACCACUUCUUUGAAGUCAUUGUAACAGCCAAACAAGUCAAGGAAAAAUUGGGACCUGCUUUUAUGUCACAUGACAAAAAGCCAAAGUAGCAAAAUGUUAGCCUAAAACUCUGUUUUCAUUCCCGUAGCAUAAAUCUUUUUGUCUCUUUAAUGUUAAUUCAUAACGUUUUAUGACACUGUGAGCAUUAGUGGGUCUUAAUAAAAGUCAUUGGCAUGUUUUAAAAGGAGGUAUUUUACAGUAAAAGUGAGAAUAAUGAAGAAAAUUCUAACUAUGAUUUGUUCUCAUCUGAUUACUGCGCUGCAUUGUUCAUUAUUUGAUUAAAAUAAAAACUGAAUCUGUACUUUCCUCCUAAUGAAUGAAGCAUCUUUUCUUGCAGUGCUGCGGUGGCUUGUGUUGGAGCUUUUUAUGAGAAAAUGGGCAGGAUGCUGGGGAGCUCCUUUCCAGACACCAUCAAUAAUCUGUUAAAGGCACUAAAGAGUGCAGAGGUACGACUUUAACAAAGGGACUGACGGCAGCAGGAAGUGUUUGUUAAAAUGCUGAAGUUGUGAAGGAUAACUUAGAAGAUUGUUUUCAUUCAGAAUCGGACAUAUCCUUCAUUUAAAUCUUUCUUUUGUUUCCUGUUUGGAUUCAGUCUCAGGGCAGAGGAGAGAUCCUCCUCAGCCUGCAGAAGGUGCUGAGUGGACUGGGUGGAGCUGCAGCUUCAUGUCACAGAGAUAUCUACAAGAACGCACGCUCCCUGCUCACAGACAGGUCCAUGGCUGUGCGCUGUGCUGUGGCGAAGGUUGGUCCAAGAUGAAUGUCUGAUUAGUGAGCUGUUAGAAGGUGAAAAGAAGAUCUUCAUAUUGUUGUUGAACUUGAUUUAUGUUUGUAAAGGUUCUUUGCUCAGAAAAGAUGCUUUAUGUUUUAAAGUGGAAAGAUCGUCUCUUUUCUAAUUUCAACUAAUGCAGCGAUUUACCGCCAGAUCUCUGAGUCACUAAAAGGUCUGAAUGACUUUAUUGUAUCAAAUGCAUUAUUUAAAAUUCCUGUGAUUUUAAUAAUUCACUUAAAUGGAAAAGUGCAAAAUGAAAAACAAGUGUAUUGUGUCACGUGCAGGCAUCAUUUUUGCCAGUUUUUGGGACAGUGUUGCCUCCGUUUGUUUAAAAUCCCACUUUAACUUCAACUAAGAUAUUUUAGCUGAAGUAAAAAAACUGAAAACUAUGAAACUAUGAGUUCAAACAGAUGCUGAGAAAAUUUUAGAAGAGAGAGUAAAUGGAGGUAUUUUAUUUUAUAUUCCAUUACAAUAAAUGUUAGUUUGUUACUCCUGCCCUUGUACCUGAGUUUAGUGGAUGUUACUAACGUGGUUUAAUCUCACGUCUUCUUUCCUGGUCAGUGUCUGUUGGAGCUGCAGAACGAGGCCGUCUUCAUGUGGACCACAGAGCUGGAGAACGUGGCCACUCUGUGUUUCAAAGCUCUGGAGGGAUCGAACUACGGCGUCCGGGUGGCAGUGGCCAAACUUCUGGGCACAGUCAUGGCCACGGCGCUGAUGCCCAAACAAGCAGCUGGUGGGUCAGAGAGUCCGUUUCUACCUUCAUGAUGGAGCAGACCGGCUAACUGUUUCUGUUUCUCACGGUUUCUGGUGGUUUUUUCUCUCAGUGAUGCGUCAGAACGUGAAGCGGGCCACUCUGGAGGAGGUGCUGGAGCUGAUGGCCACAGGUUUUCUGCGCGGUGGUUCUGGCUUCCUGAAGAGCGGAGGGGAGAUGUUGAAGGGGGGAGGCUCAGUCAGCAGGGAGGUGCGGGUGGGAGUGACACAGGUGAGACAAAUUUGCAGACAUAUUAACAUGCAGAGGACACUUUUUCUAUAUUUAAGAUGCUGGACGUUCAUCUUUCUCUUUUCGUUCAGGCCUACGUCGUGUUUGUGACGACUCUCGGCGGUCAGUGGCUGGAGCGCAACUUUGCCACAUUCCUGUCCCACGUUCUGGACCUGGUGUCUCACCCACGGGCCACGCAGACUCACGUCGAGGCUGUGUACUCGCGCCGCUGUGUCUCCUUCAUGCUGCGCGCCACCCUGGGGGGCCUACUCGGGGAGAAAGCACAAAUCGCAGCCGGCAAAGAAAUCUGCCAAGCCAUCAGCAAGCAAAUGAGGGCUGUGGGUAAGGAGGAUGGGGGGGAAAUAUCACGGUUCAGAGCAUUACAGAGUAAGUACUCAUCCAUCAUUUUCAUUCUUUUAGUUUCUACAGCUUCUGCAUGGUUUUUGUUUGUGUGCUCGGAGAGGGCUUUUCUGCUUUUGUGUGUGGAGGUGGCUUUUCUCUAUUUCUGCUUUCUGCAUGUGCAUGUUUUUAAUUUAUUAUUAUUCUAAAACAGUUAGCCUCAUCCUAAAGCCUGUGACAUUGUCUAUUACCAGCUCAGCGUUCCGGUAACUCAUCCUUGCAUUAUUCUGGUCUUGUCGUCAUGGCUGUUUGGCUGCAAAUCCACAGUCUCUUAUUGCAUUUUAACCCCGAAGGAGCAGAUAACUCAUCCUAACUGUUGACAUUCGGCUUACUCAGGCAGACGAACUGCAUGUGCCCGUAAAUUUACAGACACAUAACGCUGAAAAACACUCCCUCUCCACAGCAUCCGACAUUAUUAAACCUUCUUUUUUUUCCUGCUUCUUAAAGAACACAAUCAUUUUUUUAAAAAUCACCCUCACCUCAUUAAGAAAGGAUGAUUCUUACUCUGAUUUGCUUUGUUACCUCUAAACUGGUGUACAAAAAGUCAGACAGACUUUAUUUUGUCCUUAACGGUGUUGAAACAGAAAAUACACGACAACAAGGGCUGUCAAAGUCAAAUCCUUUUAAAGGCCGCUGUUUCUUUGACCUGCCGUUAAAGCGCCUGAGGAAGUGGUGCAGCAGCGACAGAUUAUGGAGGGCGAGCAGACACAAACCUCCUCGAGCAGAAAUGGUUCAAGAAAUGGAAACAAGUUUAAUUUGGAGGAUCCAGUUCUGCAUGUUUCAAAAAGCUGUAAAUUUAAACGUAUCUGAAGUCUAUACUUAAUGCUCUCUGGGGUCCCAUGGUGUGACUUGUGUAAUUCACCGAUGCACGAAUGAAAAUCAGCUGUAAAAAAAAAAAGAUGAACAAGCUGCUGAAGCUGCAUCACGUCUGUGAAUCUGUCUGUGUUUCCUGCUUUUUGUUAACCUGCAGAUCAAAAUUCUGACACAUGGAUGUCUGUUAAAGCCCAAAUCUGAUCAGUGGAGUACAAUUAUUGAUUAACAGGUAUAAACUGCAUGUAAUGCUGCCUGUCAGGAUAGUUGAGCAGGUGAAAAGAGAAAUGUUUUCCAGGUUUACAACAGAUGUGACGCUUUGAGAGAACGUCAGUGUGGAAAAUAUCUUGUCACUGAACGGAAUUCUUCCUCCUCCUUUUCUUUCCUCUUUUAAGCUCUGAGGAUUUAAAGUCUGGAGAAAUGAUCAGAUUUACUCUCUUUAUCUUCUAAUUUGGUUUUUGUCUUUGGCCAAAUUGAUCCUGUAGUAAAGUAAAAAUGUCCUUUUCUGUGUGAAGUAAAUCCUCAUAGGCUUGUGUUUGUGGGUACAGUGGUGCGUUUUCAGCUGUGGUAGCUUCACCUCAUGAUUCGAUGAUGUGCGGCAGCAGAACAUGGACUUAUGUGGCUGUGGAGUGAAGUUAUUACACCGUACUUUUAUGAUUAAUGUUUGAUGAAACUGAGAAAACCUCCUCUGUUUUCAAAAAAACAAUCUUAGCUGUCAGUCACUUCUUCAGGCCACCUAAUCCAUCCAUGAUGCUCACAUGUUCUUGUUUUCAGGGAUACUUGGUCACUUUCAGUUUGAAAACUUGGCGUUUUUUUCUGAUCGAUAAACCCGUCCGGUUGUUUCUUUGUCUGCUUCAGAGGCGGUCGUGAACGACAUGAGCGGGGAGAACAAAGCCGGGGCCGCCGACGUCUCCGCCAGUCAGCACGUCAUGGUGUGCGCCCUGAAAGAGCUCGGCAGUCUGGUCCAGAGUCUGAGCGCGACCGCUUCACCGCUCAUCCAGGAGCCCUCGAUAGGUGAGACGUCGUCGAACGUUAAAGCUUUUGUAACUGAGUCAAAUGUCCCGUUUAAGUCGUUUGAAGGGAUUCCCACGCUCUCGUCUGUAGGACUUCUGGAGACUGUGACCUCUGUGCUGCUUCACCCGAGCAUGGCGGCUCGUUUGGCGGCUGCGUGGUGCCUGCGCUGCGUCGCCGUGGCGCUGCCCUAUCAGUUGACUCCGCUGCUGGAUCGCUGCGCAGAGAGAAUCAACAACCUGAAGAGUUCGCCUGAGGCUGUGAGCGGGUACAGCUUCGCUAUGGCCGCGCUGCUGGGAGGAGUUCACCAGUGUCCUCUGGGUAUCCCCCACUCGAAGGGAAAGGUGUGUAGACUCAGAGCGGCGUCUUACCUGCUCAUCUGUUAGUGUAGUUAGCAGGCCUGCAGAAAACAGUCGGUAUGGAGAGCAGAAGCAGGCAGAACACAGCAGAAACCUGAUGAUGAUUAGUCACAUACUGUCAGUCACAUAGCUGAAAAACUCACACAGUUACAUCUUCACGUGUUUUUUUUCUCUCAGCUGGUGGUGAGUAUAGCUGAAGACCUCCUGCGGACGGCAGCUCAGAACAGUCGACUGUCCCUGCAGCGAACACAGGCCGGAUGGCUGCUGCUGGGAGCCCUCAUGACUCUGGGUGGGUCUGGCAGACCUUUUGUCACAGUUUCUUUACUUUAUUUGUCAACACUCCUGUCCCCCCCCGCCUCACUUUCAUGUCGACUCUCUACCCAGGUCCCUCCCUCGUACGCUAUCACCUUCCCAAGAUGCUGCUGCUGUGGAGGAACGUGUUUCCUCGCUCCCAGAAGGAGCUGGAGGCAGAGAAGGCCAGAGGAGACUCCUUCACCUGGCAGGUCACGCUGGAGGGUCGAGCUGGAGCGCUGUGCGGUAAAGAAAGAUCUCCAUCUGACUGUGUUGCAUCACCAGAAGUUACAUCUUUGUAUAUUGUUGCACACUCUCUUUGAGUUACAGUCAACUUAUCUUUCACAUUCAUCAACAACUCCACAGUUUGACAUUUCUUUGUGUCGUCGCUCUUCAGAGAAAUGUCCGAUUACUUUGUCUCCAUUAUUGAACAAAACCUCUAAAUGUUUGUUUCUUUGCAGACAGAUUUACGUCUGUGUCUAAGUAUUUGUAAACCUGUUCUGACAGACACACGUCCUCUGAUUGACUAACUCUCACAUGUUCCUGUGUUUUGCAGCCAUGCGGAGCUUCGUGGCCCACUGUCCCGAGCUGCUUACAGAAGACGUGAUCCGUAGACUCAUGACGCCAAUCGAAUGUGCCAUGACCAUGAUGUCUCAGUGAGUGUCGUCUCCAUGAAGAGGCGUCACGAGUUCAUCCACGAUUCUCUGAUUUAUCAUAUAAACGUUUUUCUUCUUCUUCUUCCUUCUUCAGUGUCCCUGCUAUCAUCAAGGUCCACGGCGCUCACCUCAAAGCAAGCGCGGCGAUGGUGAGGCUCAGGCUGUACGACAUCCUCGCUCUUCUGCCCCCGAAGACUUACGAAGGUAACUCGUCGUCCUCUGGUUAUCUCACGUUUUCAGAAAUUUGACAGUGACAGUUAUCUCCUCGUGCAGGAAGCUUCAACGCCCUCCUGAGGGAGCUGGUGGCAGAGUUCACUUUGACGGACAACUCGGCCAAUACGACCACCUCGCUGCUGCGCUCUCUCUGUCACUAUGACGACAGCGUGCUCAUGGGCUCGUGGCUGCAGGAGACCGACCACAAGUCAAUAGAAGAUCAGGUGAGGAAAUCAUCCUGGUAUCAGACAGGCUUUUCACGUCUGCGUGAAACUUUAGUGCAACAAAGACAGCAGUAAGUGUGUUAUUUAUGUCCAAAAAUGAUGUUGAUUAAUAUGAUAUGAAUGAGAGGGAGUACUGAUGUGGGACAGCUUUGUGGGACAGUGCGUGAAGGUUUACCUGCUGCACCUUGAGAGAGUAAGAGAGUGAAAAUGAUCAUUGAGAAGUCAUGCUCUGGAUGGACGUGUAAGCUGCUGCAUAUCUGUCAAUGCUUUUAUUUUAUAACGCACAUAAUUUACCCAUCGACUGUCCAUAAAACAUGGACACAGUUUCACCUUUUGUUUCCUGAGAAGCUCAGGAGGUUAUAAAGCUCAAAGACAGAACAUUAACUAACAGGCAGAGAGGCAGCAAGCUCGACAGCUGAGAUCAUUUAGGAUCUCUAGAGUCGAUCAGACAACUAGAUAAACAGUUCAAGGAAACUGUCCUCUAGAUUUUUAUUGAAUAUUAAUCGAGUGAAUGAUAAUAAUCUGUGUGAUUUUGCUCCAAAAGCUGCAGCCCAACAGCGCGUCCGGCAGUGGAGCUCUUGAACACGACCCCUCCUCCAUCUACCUGCGUGUCCCUGUCGGCGAGGCCAUCCCCGGGCCUCUCCCCCUGGGUGUGUCGGUCAUCGACGCCUCGGUCGCUCUGUUUGGUGUCGUUUUCCCUCAUGUCUCCUUCAAACACAGGUGAGAAGCGUAGAAGUUUCUGUUAAAGCUUUGAAAGAGGUUUUCAGUCUGCUCAAGUGUUUUUAUGUCAUCUUGGUUAGAUACCUUUUUCAGUUCAUAUAUAUGUUUUUUGUUUAAGUUUUCUGAUCGGUCUUCCUCGGUUGUUUUUAUGCGUCAGGCUGCAGAUGUUGGACCAUUUUGCCGAGUGUAUAAAACAAGCCAAGGGGGUUCGGCAGCAGGCAGUCCAGCUGAACAUCUUCACUGCAGUGCUGAGCGCCCUAAAGGUGAGCAAAUGUGCUUUUAUGAGAGGUCCUCAGGGUCCAAAUCAGAUUCAGUUCUUACAAUGUCAGUCUAAUGUCUGUUUCUUUUUGUGUGUAAUCCCUGAAUAGACAUUCUGUCAGUACUAACAACAGGAGGAACAUAAAUGCUGUAAAUUACUGUGCUUGUAUGAUGAUAAAGAUGACUUUAGAUGAGCUUAUGAGACUUAGAGAGGAAAAUCUGAGUGAGUCCGAGGCAGAGAAGCAGAAAAAAGAAAGAUAUAAAAACCUAAUCAGGCUCAGAUCAGUCUAAUCAAAUCUUGUCGCACAUUGAUCAGAUCCAUUAGACUUCUGCUUCGUCUAAAUAAACAUAUUUGAAUGUUUCAUAUCAGGAAGUGUGUUUGUUGAAUGUUGAUCCUCCUUCACUCCCGGCUGAAGGGUUUGGCAGAAAACAAAAGUACUUUAGGUCCUGAGGAGGUGCGAAAGUCGGCUCUGGCCCUGGUGAUGGGAGCGCUGGACAAUCCGAACCCCAUCCUGCGCUGCGCUGCCGGCGAAGCUUUGGGCAGGAUGGCUCAGGUGGUUGGAGAGGCGACCUUCAUCGCCAGGAUGGCACAGACCAGCUUUGACAAGUGAGUAUUUUUUUUUUUUUUAAAUGAUCUGUAGCUUUUUAUUUCUCCCAUUCAGAUAUACUCUGUCCAAACAAAACCAUAGUUACAAAUUUGAAAAACUCAAACACAAUUUUGGAACAUGUAAAAAUGUAAAACUGUGAAUAAGAGGGGACCUAACACAGACCCCUGGGGACCCCCAAAAGAGAGAAACAAACAGACAGGGAGUAACUUUUACAUUAUCACAUCACUUACUUAAACGGAGUAUUUCUGUCUUUGUUUAUCCUCAUAAUUUCAUGAUCUUUUUCCUCCAGACUGAAGUCCGCUCGUGAUGUUGUAUCGAGGACAGGCCACUCCCUCGCUCUCGGCUGCCUGCAUCGAUACGUCGGAGGGAUCGGCUCAGGCCAGCACUUAAAGACCAGCGUCAGCAUCCUGUUGGCGCUGGCUCAGGACGGAUCCUCUCAUGAGGUCCAGGUACGGUAAAGGACUCAGAGGGACUGAACUUGAACACUGAAGUCUGGAGUCGUUUCAUCAUCUUUGUUUUACUCAUUCAUAAGCUGUCCGUCUAUUUUUCAUCAGACCUGGGCUCUGCACUCUCUGGCUCUGAUCGUGGAUUCUAGCGGUCCCAUGUACAGAGGUUACGUGGAGCCCACCCUGUCCUUGGUGCUAACUCUGCUCCUCACCGUGCCUCCCUCUCACACUGAGGUGCACCAGUGUCUGGGCCGCUGUCUGGGAGCUCUCAUCACCACUGUGGGACCAGAAUUACAGGGUAACCCCUACAGGAACUCACAGAUCUCUUUUUUAUGUUCAUGUUUUUCUUUAUCAGAAAAGUAGGUGGCAGCAUAACCUAUUUUAACACCCACAACAAUGGACAUUUUUUAAUUUAAAAGGACCUGUUUGAAGGAAAAAUUCAUGGCAAAAACAGCUGGAUGUCUAUGUUUAUGAAUUUAAGGGCAUUAACCGUCAUGCUUUUGUUGAGUAAUAGGUUUAAAUUGCACAUUAUGUGUUCAAGGAGAGGGUAAUAUGACUUAAAAUUUACAUCAUGAUAUUUUCAUGACCAAAAAUACCAAAACAAACAAGUGUCUCUGUCUAAUUUACAGCAAAAAGAAACUGUACACCAGCUCAUAAUGUAAGGAGAUUGUUUCCUGAUAAGACCUGUAACAGUUUCAACGCCUGAAAGCUUCUCUGAGAAGGAAAUUAGUGUUCAUAAAUGAAGUCAAAAUUCAUGUAUUUACACAGUUUUACUGAUCAGACUAGUUUAGGUCAUGAAAUCACACAGAAUAGCAAAGAUGAGAAAUGACAUUUAUUUGAAAAUAACUCUUAAUGUAAAGUUGACAUAAGAGAAAUAUAAAGGGGAGUUAAAAAUAAACUAAAACUGUGAUAUCAGAAAAUCCGGGCUGUACCAGCGGCGUCUUCAGUGCGUCCUCUAACAGCUGUGUCCUUUAGUCCGUCCUCCUAAUUGAUGCCAUUGCGUUUGCCAGGAAACGGAGCCACUAUCUCCACCAUCCGCUCGUCCUGCCUGGUCGGCUGUGCGAUAAUGCAGGAUCACUCGGACUCCCUCGUGCAGGCGGCUGCUAUCUCGUGUUUGCAGCAGCUGCACAUGUUCGCCCCACGCCACGUCAACCUGUCCAGCCUUGUGCCGUGUCUCUGUGUAAGAACUGAAGAGUAUCAGACAAACAGCAGGCGUUAAAAACAUAUUUGCAUAGUUCUUUAUUCUUAUUUCUUACCAUGCUGUGACAUCCCUGCAGGUGCACCUGUGCAGCUCUCACCUGUUGCUGCGGCGAGCUGCUGUGGCCUGCCUGAGGCAGCUGGCUCAGAGGGAGGCUGCAGAGGUCUGCGAGUACGCCAUGAGUCUGGCCAAGAGAGCGGGAGACAGCAAAGACACGACAAUCAGUGAGUACAAACCAGCAAACAACAACCUGCCAGGAUUAAUCUGAUCAGUCGGUGUAGAGACAGAGUUUUAACCCUGCACCUGCUUCAGAUCUGAACAUCACAGAGACCGGUCUGGAGGGGGUUCUGUUCGGCAUGCUGGACCGAGAAACAGACCGAAAGCUGUGUUCUGAUAUCCACGACACGCUGGGACACAUGCUGUCAUCUCUCGCUGUGGAGAAGCUUUCUCAUUGGCUCAAACUCUGCAAGGACGUCCUGGCAGCAACUACAGGUAAAUUUACAAAACAGCAAAGAAUCACAGACGAGCGUUUCCAGUUUCUGAGGAAAUCUGGUUUCAACAGGUAUCAGAGUUGGACGCCCUUACUUAAAAACUCCCUAAAAUUUCCCUGCAGUUCAAAUAUGUCCGGAACAGUUGGAUAUUAUUGUGUUUUUCACUAACAUGUCUGAAGGUUGGGUGACGUUGGUGCAGAGGCAGGACUCUGUACAAAAACAAAUGAUUUGACUCCAUCCUGGAAGAGAGGAGAUUCUUUCAGGGUUCCCAUCUUAAAAUACACUCAACUGUAUCUGAUUAUUGUAGAUUUGAGCGUUUUUCUAAAUCCCUGUUCUCCUUCAGAUGUGGGCGGAGCCGUUGUGUUCGAGGUGGAGAGAGACGAGGAAGACUCCGAGAAAAAAGACGAGAUGGACGAUGACACCAUGUUCACGGGCCUCGGCGAGGACGACAAGUCCAAACCCUCCGUGGCGCCGCGCUGGGUCACUCGUGUUUUCGCCGCGGACUGCCUGUGCCGCAUCAUCCUGCUGUGUGAGAGCGACAAAGCGCACUUUGACCUGGCCACAGCACGCUCUGCAAAGGCCAAGAACCCCAAAGGUAGAGUCCUCCGUGCACACGGACCAACAGACCAGUUUAUGUUUCUACAACCUGCAGGCGUUUCAGAUGCAGGCUGCUGAAAAUAGCUCAUUCAUGUCCUCUUAUGUAAAGACGGAACAAAGCUGCAGAUGAGUAAGCAGAAAGUGGGAGGGUUUUUUUAUUUUUGUUUCCCACUAUGACAGAUAUUUGUACAAACUUCUCCAAAAUGAGAGGCGGUCCAGGAACAUGACUGUAAAAGCACAGAGUAGUGAACUCCAGCUGAAAAUGUACAGAAACACAGAGAGAGACAAGAGCGUGGAAAAGAUUGUGUAACUUCACUCUGAGGUGUAGGUACUUAUUUUUGUUUAUACAGUUUAUACUCUGAUAUAAUAUCUGGACCUUAUGUUUAUAUUGUUUCUGUUUAACGUGGUUGACCCCUGCACAAAUAUAUGUGACAGGAACAUAAACUCAUAUUUAGAAGAGCGAAUGAAACUGUUAAACACUUUUUUAGUGGUUGUGCAAUGAGACAGAAACACAGACAUUCACUUCCGGCUCCAUCACACCAGUAAUGCACAGAGAUAGGAAAGUGCAGAGGGAAAUAAUCUAAGUUAGCAAAGGGUUAUAAUAAUAAUAACAACAAAAAUAACAAUAAUAACAAUGCAUUUUAUUUGUUAAGGCGCCUUUAAAGGCACUCAAAGUCACCGUACAAUGUAGAAAAAACACAAUACAGAACAUUAUACAAUAUGUUCAAUAAAAAAAAUUAAAUUAAAUUAAAAGUACAUUAAAACCAAACCCAUUAUUACACCCCGAACUUCUCUACAACAGGUCAGUAUCAUCCCAAAAGUCUUCAGUCUCACAUUUUGGGACGCUGGUGUUACGAACUCUGAGGCUAAGACUUCAUUUCAGGGAGUCAAGGAGUCAUUUGGAGUCAACAGAGAUUUAUUAAGCCAUAAGCAGACAUACUGACCCUCUGAACAUAAAAACAUACACAUUAUUACCCCAAAGGAGCAGAGUAAGAGCAAGAGUUCUGAAUCUUAUGAAGGUGUUAAAAAAGCUCUGAAACCUUGAAGGAGGCAGAUAUCGUUCCCUUUUGCUCUCCUAAAAGGUGUUUUGAAGCCUUUCUGAAGCAAAUAUUUCUGCUUUUAUAUCCUCUGUCUCUUUUCUGGUCCUUCCUCCUCCUCCUCCCGUCUCUCUUCACCCAGGAGACCUGUUGGUGCUGCAUUUGUCCGACCUCAUCCGCAUGGCUUUCAUGGCGGCCACAGACCACAGUAACCAGCUGAGGAUGGCCGGCCUCCAGGCUCUAGAGGACAUCAUUAAAAAGUUUGCGUCAGUACCAGAACCCGAGUUUCCGGGCCACGUUAUCCUGGAGCAGUACCAGGCCAACGUGAGUGGACUGACACAACACUGCCAGAUUUACCGCCACAUGAAAUAAGAAACAGUAUAAAAAAAGUUAACUCCUGACCAAUCAUGUGUGUGUUUGCAUUUAGGUGGGAGCUGCUCUCAGACCUGCAUUUUCUCCUGAUACACCGUCUGACAUCACGGCGAAGGCCUGCCAGGUAGGUCACCUGCUUUUCUCUGAUGACCUUCACACAGAGAUUGAAGAAAGUAUCAGAAUUUACAACAUCUCAGUCUAAUUAUGAAGAAUUUUGGGACUUCAUUGCCCAAGUGGAUUUAGAAACAUCCGAGUCCGACAUCUGGAAAGUGCAUUUAAUCAUAAAUCCAGUAAUAAGCCGCAGCUUCUGGACCACAGUCAUUUUCUGUAGUAGCGAAUAGAAAAUUGAUCCGAGCCGUAAAAGUUGGAAACGCUGCACCAGUUCUUAAUUUUAAUUUUCCUGAUGAUCAAACUUUUCACGAGAGGAAAACGAUUCAGGAAAAAACUAAUAAUUAAAAACAUGUUGGAAAAAUAAAAACGAUCCCUGACGUUUGUAACGUUUCUCUCUAGAAUUCAUUUCGACAAAUCGACUUAUUUUAUAGUCCAUCACCUCGACUCUUCCUUGUGUCUUCAGGUGUGUAGUACGUGGAUCGGUAGUGGCGUCGUCAGUGACUUGAAUGACCUGCGGCGGGUCCACAACCUCCUUGUGUCGUCUCUGGACAAAGUGCAGGCUGGGAAAGGCUCGUCCAGUCAGCUGUACAGCGAGAGCGCCACCACCAUGGAGAAACUGGCCGUGCUGAAGGCGUGGGCUGAGGUGAGACCGAGGACCCCGAUCAGAGCUCCGUUCUCCUUUCUACAUCCGGCUCUUCGUGUUUCACUCACCCUACACACACUUUCUUUUCAGGUUUACGUGGUGGCGAUGAAGAUUAAGAAAGAGGCGGAGUCUAAGCCUGCCAAACCCGCUCGAAGUGGAGACGACGACGAGGAUGAGGACGAUCUGAGCGCCGACGUGCUUCCGCCCGACAGCCUGAUCACUCUGGUGCAGCCGGAGCUUCCCUCGCUGAGCCAUCUGUGGUUGGCCAUGCUGAGAGACUACGCCCUGCUCACUCUGCCCGCCGAGUUCUCCAGCCAGCUGCCGCCCGACGGUACGAGACCGAUUCUGUCAAACACACAACGUGAUAAAGUUCUUUUUCCACCGGGUUUAAGUUUGGAUCAGAUCUCUCCAUUUGCAUCAACGUUCAAACACUGUAGACUGGCAGUUUGGGGGCUGCUCAGUUCUUCAUCCUUCAUUUCCUCUAUCGAUACUUCAGCCAUGGAGGUUCUUCUCAUCAUGGAAACAUCCUCAUGUGUGUCCUCACCUCAGCAGGUAGUCUGAGAAGUGCUGUGGUGCAGCAGCUCUCAAAAACACGCUCUGUGAUUUGAGGACUUGGAGGAGAGAAAAAACCUAUUAAGUACUUAAGUAACCGAGGUCUCUGUGGAAAGGUGAAGACGAGUGGGCUGUGCUUGUCUUAGCUGCUCACCGGGUUUUCUACAAUUAAGAGGAAGAUUUCCACUCCUCACCUUUUGCCCACGGCGUCUCUACAAGACGGGGACAUUUAUUUGUCUCAGUGUUUGUGCUAAUGUCUCUUUUUCCUGCAGAGGCUUCUCCUUUUUUAAGUUAACGUUAACAUUGUUAUGUCGUUUGUGUCUUCAGGCGGAGCGUUUUACACUCCCGAGACCAUAGACACAGCCAGGCUCCACUAUCGCAGCUCGUGGGCUCCGGUCCUCCACGCUGUGACCUUGUGGCUGAGCAGCACCGGGUUCGGAACCGGAGAGGAGAACGAAGAAGUCCCCUCUGCUGUUUCUAAGACUCCUGCGUCCACUCAGGGAGCCGCUUUGACCACGAAGAGCUGUGAGGAGUCGGUGGAAGACAGGAUGCAUCUUCUGUUAGGUAAAGAAAACCACGUCAUAGACCUCGAUGUGAAAAUACAGAACAGCGUGAUCCCAGUUUGGUGCGUCGAACUGCAGAUUUUUCCACUCAGCUCUGGAGCCGCCUCACAGACAAUAACACGAACACGCUCUAAGUGCAUUUUUGUGUUCUGUCUCCCAGGUGUCAGUAUCGAGUUUCUCUGCUUCCCCCGACCCGAGGAGCCCAUCGAACAUGUGAUGUCCUGCCUGCAGGCUCUCUCUACUUUACUCGAGUCUCCAUGUGCCAAGACCCACAUCGCAGAGGACCAGGUGAGGACACGGGUCAGAGUCAUGAUAACAUUUGUAAAAGAGAAAGAAACAACGGAGGAUUUAUACCGCUAUCCUGAGCCGCGUCGCUGGUGUUUAAUCCCCGUGAAGUUUUUACCUCAAACUCGCACAGACAGGCUUUUUACUGUCUGAUCAAAAACACAAGAGCAGUCUAAAAGAAGUGGAUUUAUUUAUUUUAUUCACCAAAAAUAAACACGCACAACACAACGAAAACAGAAAGGCCUGAAAAACACAUCCCAGAUAAACUUCCAAAGCUUUUAAAGGGUCCAGACUUAGACCAACGAACGAGAAACCGCGAGAUCAGGACCUUCAAGCAUAGAAGUCAGUCCACACCCGACCAUGCGUGGUAAGAAAGGACAACAAAUAAAAUAGACAACAUCCAUUCAUGUUCCAGCAACAGGAAAUUAAAAGAUCCAGACACUGAACUGAGGCAUGAGUAUUCAAAUAAGUACACAGGAUGAUAACAGCUGAUUCUUUAUGUUUUUAAAACUGUGACACAUUUUACUGUCGUCAUCUGACUUCCUGUUUUCUCCUCGAGUCAUGUGCGUGCAGAGAAGGAUCUGCGGUUUAUUCCAUUUACAUCCUGAUACACUGAACACGCAUCAUGUGGGAGGACAGACCCCCAGACUAUGACAAGGCAGGAAUGACUUUGUCCUGCAGAGUCUGUAGUUUCAUCAGGAGAAGUGAUGAGUCACAUAUUAUUGCAGUGAUGUAGUGAAGAUCUGUCCAAAGUUAGGAGUGCUGAGAGUGAGAGGAAAUAUCAAAGGAUGAAGAACAUAUCAACACAUUGAGGUGUUUUUCUCUUAACUCUGUAAAUAUAUUCAUAUUCUGGAGCAAUAGUGUCCAAAAUGACCUGUAGCUCUGUGCAGUUUUCUCUGAUCUAUGUCUGAUUGUGGAGAUCAGCAUCCUCAAGAACCUGAAGAAGUGACCUCAGAAGAAAUGAGCUGUUAAAAAACUCUUUUUUGUAUCAGGCUGUAAACAUGUUUACAUUUUGCCAUGAAGAUCUUAGGGCGACCAUUAGUCCGGCCUUGUGACGGGGAGUUUAUAAAAUCUUUCAAAUGUCCAGGGAUUCAGAAUAUGGUCACCAAAGAUAUGCUUUUCUAUAAGAAUGUGUAUGUGGCACCUGGGGCUUUCGCAGCCAGCCUCAAGUGGACACUUUAGGUACUGCAGUUUUCACCUCUGUACAAUCCUUUUAAGACUCAGACCCUCUGGAUGCAGCUCAGAAUCUAAAAUGUGUGAAACAGGAAAUCUUUGUGUCUUUCUUGGAAGAAACAACUUUUCUGUAAAACUGUUUUUAUCUUCAAAGAGUCGAUAAACUGAAGGGAAGUAUUGCUCCUUUAAAAUCAAGCUUAAGAUAAACCAAAGUAAAACAUUUGAAUGUUAUUUUAGGUCUCUGCUCUUUACCCCUGACACAAUUCAAGUGAUAUAUUUGCAAGUGACGGGUCGCCACCUCAGUGCAAAUAUCUGUUAAAAACAACAGGGUCAUGUGAUAUUUACAGACUUUACCAGGGUGAGAGGUGUCACACCGACGCUCUUUAAAAAAAAAACUAUCAACAUCCAGUGAAAACAGAGGAAGUCAGAGGGGACAAAGAAAGUAGAAAUCCUGAGAAGAACAAGUUGUUUUUAACGGAAACUUAUCCAAUCUGGAUGUGAGGACUUCAGAGGAUCCAGACUGCGACUCUGCUGCAGCUACACUCUCCUGUUACAGACACGAACCUCCAAACAUGUUUUUUUUACUCCUGAUUUUGGCUGAUUGUACAGAGUAUUCAUAAGUGUCUGUUCCUGGAAUUGGAAAAAGUGGUGAUUAAUUUUUAUUGGAGAGGAGAGUGAAAUCUUUCCUCUUAUCUUUCCUGAAAAACGUCCUCUGCUGUGUUUGUUUGCAGGGGUCAGAUCAGAUCAGUCUGGGCGGCGUAACCGUAAAUGUUGUUUCUGUUGUAGUUGUUGGCGGUGGAGCUCCUGAACGUUCUGCACAGGCUGCUGCUGACCCGGGAUCCUCCUGCCGUUCAGCUUCAGGUCGCUGUCGUGGUUCAGGAGACCAUCAGGGCCGCACAGGACCAUAUGCAGCGACAGAGAACCAGCAAAGGUCAGUCGCGUGUCUGUUUGAUCGAUCUCAAGCCUCUGGAAAUUCAAUGAUCAUAAAUAUUUAAUAAAAGUAAAAGAGAAACGAUGAAAUCAGAUUCUGUUACUUUUCAAAGAUGAAGACGGCGACAAAGACCCUCAGCUCGGCCUCGGGGAAGGAGGAGACACGGGCGAGCUGGUCCCCGGGAAGUCUCUCGUGUUCGCCGCCAUGGAGCUGCUCGUGUUCAUCCUGGUCCGCCACUUACCGCAGCUCAACACACGUGUGAAGGAGUCGCCCAGCCAUGUGCCGCUCAGGCCUCAGCGGCUGCCUGAGGAGAGCGCCCGCCUGGUGGCGAACACAGUUUCCAUCCUGGCAGAGCUGCCCUCGCUCUGCUCUCCUGCUGGUGAGGCCCCGAGGCGAAGACACACACAGACACACACAGACACACAAACACACAAGAAAAUGAAAGUACAUAUUGACGGCGAGUUUCUCUUCCAGCUUGUAUGUUUUAUUUAUUGCUUAUUAGCCUUUUUGCCCUUUUCGCUCAAGCUUCCAUUCAACAUAAUCUUAAAUUUGUUUUCUGCUUUUUAAGGAGCAGGUUUUGACAGUAGGAGGACAAAUGCAGCUCAAAAAAAAUUACAAUAUCCUGAAAAAGUUCAAGAUUUUCCAUUCUGUUUAACCCAUUAAUGCCCAAAGCUAAAUUUUAUAAUUUCCUUUUGUACACCAGAAGUACUAGCCGAGGGAAGUACAAAUCCACUGAAAUUUUUCAAAUCAGUCAAAGUACGUGGCUACAGCACCAGUUUUUCUUAUCAUACUAUAUUAACAGAAAUGGCCGUAUCUCAAAAACUACAAGGACUUAUAUCAAAUACUUGGUGCCGUUGGAUUCAGAACAAGGUAAAUUUUAAUAAUAUGUGCUUUCAUCCAGAGUAAAACCAUUAUAUAAUAUGUCAACUCAAUGGUCAAACCAUUUUUGUGAUUUUUUGUGUUUUUGCCAGUAAGUCAACUUCGUGUACAAAGUAAGGCAUGAUACAUUUGUCAAAUAGAUUUUUUUUGUAUGUGUGUGUCGCCACAUGUCUUGACAGUAUCCAUAGCAAAUUUUGUGUUGCUAUCUCGAACAGAAAAAAAUCUGUGGGGUUUUUCCUUCACAUACUAUAUUUAGUAUCUGGGCAUAUAUGGGUUAAGAAACUAAGGAUGCAAUAUCUCCUGGACUGUCAAGACACUCCUGAACCAGAAUCACCUGGACUGAGAAGAAAGAACUGGACGAUUGCUCAGUGGUCCAAAGAAAUCUAAUGUUUCUGUAAUUUAAAUACUUAAAUUUAGGAAAUAUUCCAGUGAUUUGAGAAACUUAAUACCUGAUUUUUAUGAGCUUCGAGACAAAAUUAUCCAAAUUAAAACACCAAAAAGACUUAAAAUAUUUCACUUUGAAUCCAGAGAAGAGAAAACAUGAUAGUCUACUUUUUGUGUGACAGACACAGCAGCACUAUUGUUCACUUUAUGUCCUUCAUUUUUAAUUUCUAUUUUCACUGAAGUGAAGCAGAAACAACAACAGGAACUUCCCCUCAUGUGUGAAUCUACUCAACAAUAAACACGCAGGUUUAUCCUGAGACUCUCUGCAGAUAUUCAUCAUGACUGAUGAGUGUUUCCUCUCCUCUCAGGGAGUAUGACCAUCCUGCCGACAGUUCUCUUCCUGAUCACGGGGGUCCUGAGGGAAACAGCGUUAAAGACCCCUGACGGCUCAGUGCCCGCUCCCGUGUCGGCCGCCCUGCAGGGCAUCACGACCAUCAUCACCUCCCCGCUCGCCCGGGUGGAGAGCAUCCAGACUCAGUGGAGCGGCCUGGUGAGGAGCAGCCUCGCAUCUGUGCUGGAGCACUCUCAGCCAGGUUUGUAUACACACACACACACACACACACACACACACACACACGCAGACAUCAGUGUUUAUCCUCAGCGUGUCUCUCUUGUGUGUGUGCCUCUGCAGACGAGUCCCGGCCCGACAUGGAUGAGGUCAGCAUGUUGACAGCGAUCACUCUCUUCCUGCUGUCUGCCAGCUCGGAGCUCGUCGGAGUGACGGUUCUGCAGAAAGGCUGCAUGGAGCGCUUCAAGAACGCCCUCAACUCCAGUGAUCCAGCAGUAAGCAGCGAUGAACACACUCCAUCUUUCAUAGGGGAGAAAAUUACAGAUAUUACAGGAUCUACAGCUUUUAUCAGUGGAAAUUAAAUGUUUCGUAUCUGUAAUUUUAGUUAGACGCACCACAUUUUUUGAACCUUUUCUCCUCUCUGUUUUUGCAAAGUUAACCGUUUUCAUCAGCAGACGAGUAUCAGACUUGUGGAUGUGGUUAAUUUAAGGUGCAUGAGACCUUCCUGAAUAAAUGUCUUUGCACGCUCAAAAUAUCAAACUCAGACGCUGAUGGAUGCGAGGAAUUCGUUCCAAGUUCUUAUAAGUCUCAUUUAGUUUUUACAAACAAAAGUUGCCGACCUGUUUUUGUAGUUUUUGUCGACAAUUUACCUGAAGAAGGAACAGAGAAAAAAUGUUGAUAGUUUAACCUCCUUUUGAUUUUUAUCUCCUUUUUUAUCCGAAUAAAUUAGCUCUUUAUUUGUUAUUUUCCUUCUUUUGCUCGUUUUUAAACUUUCAAAAAUCCUCAUAAUAGCAGUUGUAAGUUACCGUGAAAUUACACUCAGCACCUCGAGUUUCAGAGUAAGUGGAGCAGGAAAGACAAACAAAGAAACUCCCUGACACGAUCAAACAAUAAGAAAGAUCAAACAGUUUAAUGCAGCGCUUCAUUUUCACUCUGCUGCUCUGACUCCGACUCUCGGACACUUUGGCUCAGUCUAUUUUGACUUUUACUCUUGUAAUCUGAUCUCAGGUCAGCGUCAUAUAUUGCAUACAUAAUCCAAAUAUGUUAGUCAUGAUUGAUGCUGAUUUACUGAAGUUUUUCAUGGAUAAAAAAAGACAGGUGCAGGACCUAAGUUUGUCAAAGUGUUUGAUACUUUGAUGUUUUUAUACUGAAUGCUUUAAAACAACAGAAUCGUCUUUAUUUUUGGGUUAGAUGAUAUUGUGAGGCACGUAAACUAAUGACAAAGUUGAUCUCCGGUUAUUUUUUCUGCUGCUGCAAAGAGAGAGAGAGAGAGUGUGCAGUGGUGGUCCAGUGACUAGGAUUACAGAGAAGAGAGAAAACGCCCAGAGAGCAAACAAAGAUGUGGAAAUAACAAAUAAGAAGUGAUUGUCUGCUGGUUUUACAGCGGUUAGACUCUGAAGAAGGUAUAAAUAUGUCCACACUUCUGCACAGACGUUUGUUUCUUCCGCUACACCACAAACCCUCCUUAUUGACAGGUCAGCAAACACUGAGAUUUGUCAGGUCCUCGCUGCAGAUAGAGAGCAGAGAGACAAAGUUAAGUCAUCUGGUCCCUCGAUUCUUUCUUAGUUUGGACUUGUGAACUGUUAAAAAGGAGGAUGAAAACCUAAACCUUCGGCUUAAAUUACCAAAUUAUAACUUUGACCCAAACUCUUAUCACUUCAGGCCCAGUUUCUUGGGUCCCGGGGUCAAGCAUGUGGAGUAAGUGUGUGAUUCUCUCUCCCCCAGGUUCAGGCCCGGUGUUACCAGCUCCUGUUGUCGGUGUUUCAGCACUCCAGCCGCGCCCUCUCCACCCCGUACAUCCACGCUCUGGCUCCGCUCAUGGUGGAGAAGCUGAAGGCGGUGGAGCGCAGUCGGCCAGGGACUGCUGCCGAGCUGCAGGCGGUGCAGGAGGGCAUCAGGGUCCUGGAGAACCUGGUUGGCAUGGGGGAAGAGCAGAACCGUAAGUCCUCCUCAGACUAAUGCAUCACUGAAGUCUCAUGUUUGUGUCCGGCUCCAUGACUGCAGCUCUCCUUAAGUGUUUCGCUCUGAGACUCUGGAUGUCAGCCGUCAGAGAUCAGAGCGGUACAGUACUUCAUGCUAAAUAUAGAGUCCCUGCACAGGAUUACUGACGCUUUUAAACUCGGUUACAGCAUUGUGCUUUAUCAUCAUUUCUUUGUUAUUUACAGAUAUUUUCCCGAAGCCAUGAGGUCCCCACGCACACUCACAGAAAGCUUUAAUCAUGUUUGUGCUGUGUAAACGUCUGUUUCAUAUCUGGAGUGAAAACAGUUUCUUUAAAAGGUUAUUUGACGUGCAUGUAAAAAUAUAUUUAACUCAUUGGCAGUUUCAUUUACUUCAAUAUAUAUUUAAGUUUGUCGAUAAGUUUAUUGCUUUACAUGCAGGACAAAGAAAUAAGUAUCAAGUUGUAUCAACAGAUUUAACACCCACGUAUAGAGCUCAUGUAAAAUAAGGAUACAGAAGCAGUAACAAUAGGUGCAUUUUAGUGGAUUUGUGCAUUCAUUGAUGUUUUAUAAGCUUUUUUUACAUGCAUUUUGCUUUUCAGUAUUGCACAUUUUAAUGAUAUUGGAACAGAUGCAGAUAAGAGAUUAUUUCUCACCCUAAUCUUAGUUUUUAAAUGACUUUGCUUGUUAUUUUCUUUGAUAAUAUGCACUUGACUUCAAAAAGGUCAGUAAUUAAUAAACUAUUAUCUGUUAUUUUUUUACUCUGUGCACAGAAACUUUAAUUUAAUGACUAUUUAACCAUCAAACUGUUGGUUAUAAUGUUAUAAGACUCAUUUUUCUCAGGUUUUACAUGUUUUUUCUGACAUUAGGGAUUGGUACGUUUAGUGUAAACAAGCACAGAUGAUAGAUGUCAGCUCAUACAACAGUGUGAUUGAAAAUGGAGAUGAAGUUGUGCAAAGGCUGUUUCUGCUUAAUUGUCAUAUAACCACUCAGAGCACAGACAUGUGGACAUGAACCUGGAGGCGGGUGGUGCUAGCUCUGCUAAUGUUAGCCACACUGAGCAAACCGGUGCUUAACUUGUGUUUAAUCUUGAUUUUUUACCGAGUGUCUUUUUACCUUUAUACACACGUCAGUUAGUCAGUAGGUCAGAAUUAGGAAAUCAGCCGCUUUUGAAACAUCCUGAUUUAACACAAACACAACAGGUGUGUCAUAUCAGGUUUUGUACGGACUUUAUUAGAGUUAAAGCUCCUUUUAGUUUGUGUCUUUGUUCGUCUAGUUUUCUUUGUUUUCAUGUCAAUAAAAAAAUCACUCACAGUUGAAUCCAUCAGGAAAUGUGAGUCUGUUUCAUAACCAUCAAUAACUCCUUCAGACAGCUUUAAUCCUCAGUGGGCCAUGAGGUUUGGUUCUUUUAAUUACUUGUUGAAGGAUAUUUGAGAUUAACUUUCCUCUCCUUUUUAUUGAUGUUCUUAUCUGUGAUAUUUUAAAGUCAUUUUAAGUCAUUAGUUUUUAUUUUAUAUGGCGACAGUCGUGACGGUAUGAAGGAAAACUCCCUCUUCUGUCCGCUCUGUGUUUUUUGUCAGGUUGGAUUCAGGACCUCAGCUCCUUUUCAGCUGAACCGUUGAAAUUAAUCUGUCUGUUGGUACUAAUCUCUCUAAAUGUUUCAUUGUUUUUCUUUUUCUCUGUGUUUUUUUAGGGGUACAGUUACUGGCUCUCCUCGUGCCAACCCUCAUCUCUUACCUUCUGGACGAAAACGCCAUCUCCUCAGCGCCACAGGUCUCCAAAAGCCUGCAUGAUUUUGCUCUCCAGAAUCUAAUGCGGAUCGGCCCCCUCUAUCCAGCUGCCUUCAAGAUAGUGAUUGGUGCAGCACCUGAGCUUAAAAUCCGUCUGGAAUCUGCUAUACGGGCCAACCAGGCCAGCAGCAAAGCUAAAGCUGCAGCCAGACAAGCUCAGCCGACGGUGCAGGCUGCACCCACCAUCAAACUCAAAACAAGCUUCUUCUGAGCGCUCGGAAAACACACUCCACACUCUCACAGCCUCGUUCAACGUCGACUUUCAGCGACCACACGUCAUCAGAUGCAGUUUAUUUCCAGUUUGAAGUGUAUUUAUUUAUUCUACGUCACAGCUUUGUUUUUUAAUGAAUGAAACUCCUCUACAAGUUUAGAGGGAAAUGAUGUAAAUAUUAAAAACAUUUGAAUGUUCGCUUUGAGAAACUCACUUUAAAUUUAGUAGGAAGUCUUGGUGUGUGAAUGUAUCAUCUCCAGACUUAUUGCACCUUCGUAAAGGGACACAGUUUUCCUGUUUUCAUUGGGAUAUUCACCCUGAGUUUGGCCUGUUUGUCUUGUUACUGGUGGUUCUUUUUGUCCGCUCCUUUUUUAAAAGUGUUUUUUCCUCUUAUUUUAUGUGAAAACAUUCCUACAUUCAUUUUUAUUUCGAGCCCAGAUGGAGAUUUUGAUGAAACACAUUAAUUAAAUGCAUCAAACUUGAAUUGUUUUUGGCAGAGCUCGUGAUUCCCACAGAAACGGUUAAUCAGUGUCCUGGGAAACUGGAGGAGAUUACAUCUUCAUUAUAAUAUUUAUGAUACAUAUCAUAUUAAUUGAUCGAUCAGCUUAUGACUGAUUUUUGAUCCAUACCAAUGAAUGUGUUGAAGCGUCUUAAUCUGUGACCGUCAGCUGCCGUUAUGAAUCAGAUUUGCAGAUGUGCUUUAUCGGCCCCGUGUUAUAUUUCACGCUCAUUUCUUUGAAAUGUGAAUAAAGUCUCUUUCACCUCAUU